UGCAUAGUGUUAUUUUAUCGUUAGGGUUAGACUUAACAAAGUGUGUCUCUCUGGCUACCGAUGGGGCAAGUGUUAUGAUGGGAAAAAAGACUGGUGUAGGCGUCCAAAUGAAAGCCAAAUUUUCUCCAUACAUGACACAAACCCACUGCAUUGCUCAUAGAUUGAACCUGGCAAUAGGUGAUGCCAUUAAGAAGAAUGAAACUUUGAAAAAAUUUAAACAGAUGUUUGAAACUUUGUACCAUUUCAUGUCUGCAUCAACUUUACGGAUUAAUAAACUUAAGGCUGUGCAGGAUAUACUUAAUGAACCUGAAAUAAGUAUUAAGGAGCCUCAUUCAAUCAGAUGGUUAGGGCUUAAAAAAGCUGUAGAAGCUGUAUAUGAUUGUUAUGGUGCCUUGUUAGUAACUCUUUCAUCAUUUGCUUGUGACAAUCCAACUGCAAAGGGACUUCAUAAAUAUUUUUCCACAUACAAGUCAGCAUUACUGAUAGGAUUAAUGAUGGACAUACACACAGAACUGGGUGUACUAUCAUGUGAGUUACAACGCCAAAGCCUUGUCUUCUCAGAUGUUUAUCCACUUCUCGAAGGAACAGUUGGAAAGUUGGAAUAUAUGAAAGAGCAUGAUGGUAAUGGUUUACAUGAAAUGAAAGACAGCAUCGAGUUUAAAACUCAGUCAGAUGAUGAGGGAGAACCAAAGCCAUUUUAUAAGGGUGAAAGUUUGAAAUAUUAUAAAAAAGGUAACUCUGAUUCUGAAUUUCAAGCUGUGAAAAAUGAUUACAUUGACAGUUUAGCCAGAAAUAUUAAGAAAAGAAUCAGUAAAGUUGACUGUAAUGUUUUAUGUAGUUUAGGACUCUUGCUGGAACCUGCCUCUUAUAGUACAGAAUGUGAUAAUGCUGUAGAGUAUGUAGCACAAAUGUAUGGUACACAUAAAGUAACAAAGAAAACAGUUGAAGAUGUUGUAAUAGAAACUCCUGUUGACCCCUUACUUAAUGGUGAUGAACUGAAAACUGAAUGGCAAGGCAUUAAAGCAAUGGUAACUGGGUGUUAUAAAUCAUUGUCACUAAAGGCAUUUUGCAGAAAGAUUAUUCAGAGUUCACUGUCAACAAGCUAUCCCAACUUUGCAAAGCUGGCUGAAAUUGGACUCUGCAUGGAAGUCACCAGUGUAGAAUGUGAGCGGACAUUUAGUGCACAAAACAGACUAAAAAGUAAAUACAGAGCUGCCCUGAAAGAAGAAUCCUUAGAGGCUCUCCUUACUGUGUCACUAAUUGGCCCAACACUCAGCCUGUUUAAGCCAGCAGGCAGUGUGAGGAGAUGGGUUAGGGCAAAGCAGAGAAGGAAAAGGAGGCUAACUGCACCUUACAAGUCAAGAACACUAAAAAACAUUAUGUCUAAAUGUGUAUGAAGUGUAAAUACAUGAUACCAAUAAAUACAAGUGAUCUAAUGAUACAUUUUGUUUGCAGUAUGGUUCCUAAGUUUAGAUGCGGCAAAUUGACUCCCAAGUUCUUAAAACUGAGA